UCUAUUAAGGAGACGAACGGCUGACACUGUAGCCGAUUCAAGGCUGAAUUCGAGGCGAGUUUAACUCAUCCCAGUGACCUCUCGGUUGUUCAGAAGUCUCAUUAUGCUGUAAGGUUGGUAUUUACAGCAUUGUUGUGCGUCUUUCGUCCGCCCUUCGUGCCUACUUCGCCGCAGAUGCCCGACUCGUCCGUUUGCGUCGCUGAUAAUCGGCCGCUGAUUCGGCGCUGCUGCGGACGAUGGAUGGAUACAGGAAAGAACCAGUGAUGACCAAUCACACCUCAGUCGCGGUGUGGCGUUUUAAGACGAAAUUCAACGGCGAGAAACCGAUGAAAAUGUGAAGGAAAGAGGGAACAAGUAACAGUGAGCUAAACUGGAGCCUAAAGGAAAGAUGUGUAUUGUCGAGUCCAGCUGAACAAUGGAGAUGAAAUUCUUUUCGAGGCCUUAGAUCUCCGGAAUACACAAGAAGGUAAAACGAUGCCUAAGGUCAGGGGAUUACUGGAGCUUGUUUGUUUUAAUUAUGCUACUUAUGCGCAGUUUCGAAUAAGUAUGCGCGACGCACAAGAGGGCAGUUAACUGGGCAAUGCCAUGCCCCGAGUGCAAAGUUAAAUAACUAUCUGAGUAAGCGAUGACUCUCAGUACAACGGAAAGCUGAUAACCAGUGCAUAUGCACUAUGACCUCAUUGCAUACGGAUGACCAGCCUUAACUGAUGUUCUUUACCAAAUGAAAAAUUGUUGCAGGACGCUGCUGUAGAAAAAAAAGGGGUCACAUGACGUUUUAAAUUUCUAUAGAUUCUGAUCUCGUCGAACCAAAGACCGAAGCGCCACUGGUUUAGAAAGGUGCUCCGUGAACUGGGCAUCUGCUUAUUUCCCCUCUACACAAAGAAAAAGAAGCCAGAAACUAUCUGGGCCCGGGUCGUUCUCUCCCCACCUACUGCUCCUCAUCUUUCAACUACCAGAACCCCUUGUUGCCUCACUAGAGAGGGGAAUUGUCACUGCAGAGCCGUAACCUCCCCCUCACCCUCUCGGUUCUCGGGUGGUGGUGCCUGUGGUUGGUGCGGCAGUCUCUGUAGCAGUGACAGUGGUGGUUUCUCCCCUUAUCGUCGACACCAUGAAGAUCCUGCUCGUCUUCUUCUUCUUCUUCUUAGGUUAUCUGGAAAGAGUCUGGUCACUCUCGUGUCUACCUUGCCGGGAGAUCACGUGCGAACUUCCCCCUCGGUUGUUCUCUUGCAACUGGGGAUUGGCACUUGAUAUGUGCGGCUGCUGUUAUGUCUGUGCUAAGGGCGAAAGUGAGAAAUGCGGUGAGUGGGCAUGGCAUGGGCGCUGUGGAAGAGGGCUGUACUGCCGUGUGGCGCCCACGCCCGCCACCCACGCGCGUCCCCACACGGUCUACGACAACCCUGGAAUGUGCGUCAGAUCCAACGACACCAUCGGAGACAAGAUCUCGAAUCUCCUCAACUGGAUUUCCUCUCUCUUCGGAACGCCGUCACGGGCGUCUAGCAUAAAGCAAGAGUCAUCAAGAGCGUCAUUAUCGUGCUAGCAUAACAAGGCAAAGAGCGCAGAGACAGCCGCAAUGCCAGAAGUCGGUUUGCGCCCCUACACUCUGCCAUUAUAUUUAUAUAGUAGAGCUAUCGACAAGACCGCGAAUGGAAAAAGGGAAAAUGUAAUCAUGCGCAGUGUCAUAAUUGCCGUUGUGAUGCAUCAGUUUAGUGAAGAACUAAAUAUUGUGUCGGAGAAGGUGUUUAAAGUCGACUGAAAGAGGCCUAUGCAAAACGUCCUCUCAUAUAUUUUUUUCAAUGAUAUACUGACGAGCAAGAUGUGCAAAGAACACUAAUUGAUAAAAAUACAAGAAAUAAACUGUAUCCAGACCGUUCUAACAUCGAAAUGGGACUACAAAGCUGAAUGUAGAAAAAAUAACCAACAUUACCUGAAGCAUUCACGGCUUUGCAUAGAGUUUUUAAUUUACGGGAAACUUCCUCUGAUGAGGCGCAAGCAAAAUAAUUGCGCUGUUCCUUAAAGGUAAAAAUAAAAGUGUUUUAAAUAAACCAAGUUUUAUGCUCAGCAACUAGUCAUUCGGGGUCAGUGCAAAACUGAAUCUGUCUAGACAAGUGGAAAUACGCUCAUUUGAUGGCCAGUUUAACCAUUAAGCUGACGAUGGAACUGUCACCAAAAUCUUCAAAACACGUUGUCCUUGCUUCUUUGUUCAGCAACAUACAGCUAACAAUGAGACUUAAUUUAGUGGACGCCCUUUUUUCUAAGCUUAUAUUAUCGCGAGACCUAAAGAACUCUUCCAGGAUGGGCAAUUAUUGUUAUGAGACCGAUGCCGUAAUCUACAAGGCUUUUAGUAGCUGAUUAACUACGUAAUUAAGCGCUUUGCUACGUUUUACGUAAUCAAUAUUCAAUAUACUUUUAUCAUCAGUGACAGCAAGAGGAAACAAUGUUGUCUUUGCCACCGUCAUAAUGUGAUUAAUUGCGGUAAAUUUUUUUCAUUAUUGUUAACAUAACUACUAUACCUUAGAAUUUCCUUUUAUUAUUAGUACUUUACUAGCAUUAGUCAUAUCAUUAUUAAUUAUCGUUAGUAAUUAUAUUCAGUUUUUAUCAUGUUUUUGCAUCUUAAUCGCAUUAUAUAUAAAUAUAUCACAUAUAUCAUUAAAUUACAUACCCAUAGCCAUAUCAUUAUUUUUUACGGUAUAUCUCUUUUCUGCCUUCUUCCACUAACACCACACCGUUCAAGUUUUCAUAUUUAGCGUUUUAAAACAAUUUUGGGAGGGGAUUAUUUUUGCUUUUCAUAUUUCAAGACAGACAAUAUUUCUCGGCGUCACAUUUAAGCUUAGACUACAAUAAUUUUAGUGGCACAUCUGAGGACAGAUUAUUUUCAAUGAAUUAUUCCCGAAAAUACCACAAAAGAAAUAUUGAUUUUUUUUUCAAGAUGGGCAUUUUCAAAAUUAAAGAACUGCUUGAACAGCUCACUUCGCAUUGGCUGUGUUACCAAUGAAAAGAUACCAAUGAAAAGAUACCCUUUGCUCCUCUUUAUCUUAGUUUUUCAUUUUUUUUACUUAUUUCACAUAUUACGUAUGGAUUUUAUGUAAAUAAAUGGGGAAUACUCA